GGGAGGACUUUGUUGUGUGUGUGUGUGUGUGUGUGUGUGUGUGUGUGUGUGUGUGUGUGUGUGUGUGUUAAGGACACACACUGAAGCUGCCUAUAUGUUCUGAUAGAGGAGGUUGGAUUUUACCAUCAUAAUCUAGAUAAUCCUUCAAACCAAACUGCGCUUCAAGUGUGUUCAUGUUGCAGUGGAGCGCUUGAUCUUUAAAGGAGGCAGUGUGAGAAACGGAUGAACGCUCUGCAGCACAGCGGGACCGCCAUCAAACGCACCUCAUGUCGUUCUUAGACUGCUCCUGUAUCUCCGCCCACUCUCAGGUCCAGCCAAUCAGCUGUGAGGAUCAGUAUGAGGACAUCAGUGGGUCGUACCUGAGCAGUGAUGGCUCGUUCUUCGGCGCUGAUUAUGACCUCUCCGGCUUGUCUGCUGAUCCUGCAGACUAUCAGUUGCUCUCGUUACUCGGGCGGGGCUUUAAUAACCUGAGCCAGGUGAGCAUGGCCCGUCACAGACCGUCCGGUCGACUGGUGGCGGUGAAAAACACCAAUCUGGAUGAGUGUACGGAGGAGGAGCUACUGCAGCUUAUGAAUGAGGCGCUGUUGUCCAGACUGUUUCGUCACCCUAACCUGUUGACGUCCAGAUUGGUGUUCAGUUCCUGCUGCCAGCUGUGGGUGCUCUCUCCACUAAUGACCUAUGGUUCUGCAGACUCGUUACUCAGGUCGUUUUUCCCGGACGGAAUGAGCGAAUCUCUGGUUGCGUAUCUGCUGUACGGAGUCCUGAACGCUCUGAAGUACCUGCACCACAUGGGCUACAUACACAGAGGUGUGAAGGCGAGUCAUGUGCUGCUGUCGGCAGGGGGCCAUGUGUGUCUCUCCGGCCUGCAGUGUGUUUACAGCCUGAUGAGAGACGGGAGGAGGAUGGAGGUUGUGUUCGAUAUGCCGCAACACACACCCUCACUGCUGCCCUGGCUCAGCCCCGAGCUCCUGAGACAGGAUCUCCAUGGUUACGGAGUGAAGUCUGAUAUCUACAGUGUGGGUGUGUUGGCGUUGGAGCUGGUCAGUGGAAGAGUUCCGUUCCAGGAUCUGCCCCCCACCCUGAUGUUGCUGCAGAAGCUGCGUGGCUCUCUGAGCUGCAUGCUCGACGGCGCCCCCUAUGCCCUGGGAGAUUUCAGCGGUCUGAAGGUGUCACGCUCCGGAGUGGACUCGGGGAUCGGAGAGAGCGUCGCUGCAGGAAGUCUAACUCGCACCGCCACAGCAGAGAGACCGCAAAGCCCCGCCCCCAAAAACCACUCCGCCACCUUACACAACCUGCUACAGCUCUGCCUACAACAGCAACCUGAACGCAGGCCAUCAGCAUCAGCUCUCCUCUCUCAUCCCUUCUUUAAACAGGUGAAGAAGCACACCUCGGACUCGUUCCUCAGUCUGGUGUACCCAGCCAUUCCCCUCUCCUGCCCCGUAGACGUUCCCCUUUCUCCCCCGCUGCUCCACACCGACACACACACCGACGCCAACCCUGAGCCUGCGGAUGGAGGAGUGUGGGAUUUCUCCUAAUACACACUCUAUACACUCUGUACACACUGUAUCAGCUUGACAGCUCGGUGUAUCUCCCUGUCUUUCUCUGUCAUAUCUCUCAACUCUGGAGAUCAGUCCGCAGUUCACACCUUUCCCCCUACACACACUCUUCUACUGUGAGCCUCCAUACCGGCUGAUCCCGUACCUCUCGUUAUAGACCGUACAGUGGAAAAUCUUCACGUCAUCAUCCGAGUUUGUUCCAUUGUGUACAGAAAAUAAUGGACAAACUGUCAGGAAACGUUUCCUCGCCGAUACGGAGCUGAAAAUUCCCAUAACCGCUGCAUUACUGGCUGAUUAAACGUUAGGCAGGUAACAGUGACUGAUCUGAUAAACACUUCGAGGUAUGAGAGGAACUGUAAAAGUACCGCAUAGGUUCUGUUAUAUAUUUUUCCAACAUGAUAACAUAUUAUAUCUCUUUUUGUCCUAAGAGCUUAUUUUAACUACAGUUGUAAGGGUAGACCUUACGUUUUCAUUAUUUGUUACUUUUGAUAUUAAAAUUAUAUGAAAAUAUUUUCUUUUUUUAUAUACACACACACAUAUAUAUAUAUAUAUAUAUAUAUAUAUAUAUAUAUAUAUAUAUAUAUAUAUAUAUAUAUAUAUGAUACACAAAAGUCUUUAAACCAGUACAAUAGAUCAUUUUUUGCUGAGAUAAAUAACCGCAUAGACAAAAAUGUUUUUUUUAAAAAAAGGAAAAGAAAAAGGAGUUCGAAUCUAAUGAUGAGUUUAAUAAUAAUAACGAUAACAAAUUAUUUAUUAUUUUUUAAAUUAUUAUUAUUAUUAUAAUCACAAUUAAGCCAUGCUGUGAUUUACUGCACGUUUAUCAACCUAUUACAGUACCAGAGCCUUAUUUAAACCCCGUAUGGUUCCACUUUCAUUAAGACAUCACGAGGUCAAAUUUUUUGUUUGGUAUUUCUUCAAAAAAAUCGCCUCGUGUUCAUGAGAACGGUUUUCUUCUCAAACGUCUAGAGACGCAUUAUUAAACCUUAGUGACUUCCGACACACCACUGUACUAACGAAACCGAUGUACUGAGCCUCCAACGCUGGGAACACGAAAUGGGAAAAGAGUGCGUGUCUGUAGAUGUGUGUGUGUGUGUGUGUGUGUGUGUGUGUGUGUGUGUGUGUGUGUGCAUGCACUAUGAUCGACCUCCAGGUUUUUUUUUUUUUCCAGUGCAGAAACCUGAACUUUGUUUUAACAGAACCUGUGAAGAAAGAUAAAGUCACUUCCAUACUGUUGAAGAACUAAAGACUGUGAUGGACUCCUUAUGGACUUUCUGUAAACUGUACGAGUCAUUAUAAUGGGUGAUAAAUAUAUUCUUACCCACUUUGUUAAUAA